AUGAAUAAAAUUUUCUUCAUUUUAUGUUUACUUGUAUUGGGUGUUGUUAUUGAUGCCAACGAUUAUGGAUAUACGGCAUACAAUGGACCAGCAUCAGAUAAUGAAGCAUGGAAUUCACCGUUGUGUAAAAGCGGAAAACUACAAUCCCCUAUUAAUAUCGAUUCAUCACUCUUUGGUAAUUCAGUCAAAAAUGCAACAUCGUUUGUCAAUAACCUUCCAAACGACUAUAAAUUGAGCGCGAAAAAUACCGGGGAAACAAUCAAAUACACCUCAACCGACAAUUCGUUACUUGACUUUAAGUUGGUCAGAAAUGGCGUCGAAUAUAAAUUGCAGAAUUUCCAUUUCCAUACUCCGUCAGAACAUCGCAUUAAUAAUCGUCAUUCUGAUUCUGAAAUUCAUUUCGUAUUCCAAACCGAUCUUAGCGGAAAUGCCAGUGUGGCAGUUGUUGGAUUCUUGCUUAAUGUGGAUAUUACGCAAAACUAUGCUUUGGAUUUAAUUUUGAACGCAUCUCUUGUGCCAGCGAAAAUAAAUGAAACUAAAACAAUUGUUGGUCCUAAUCUUGGAGAUUUCUUUGGUAAAACUUUUGACAAUAAAAACGUAUAUCAAUAUGUUGGAAGUCUAACGGUUCCGAAAUGUACAGAAGGACUUUUUUGGCAUGUAAGCGGGGUCGUUCAACCAAUAUUCUUUAGAAAUUUCUUGAAUUUGCGUGAUAUAAUCGGAUUUAGUGCUCGUCGAGUUCAAGCUAGUCCAGAUCAUGCCGGCCAACCUGUAGGCGCCAGUAGCGAACAUUAG